AUGUUUGAGGUUAAGUGUGUUUUACGUGAAGGGAAUUAUUCUGAUUCAGUUGUAUUACAGUCUGUUAGAGGGUCAUUGAAGGGUAAGGCACGAAGCCUGUUGUUGUCUUUAUCUGAGCAUGCCUCUCCUCAGCAGAUACUUGAUAAGUUAGAGGGUGUGUAUGGUAAUGUAUAUACUAGCGAAGCCUUACUUGAGGAGUUUUAUAAGGAGACCCAACAACAAAAUCAGACAGUAGCUGAUUUUGGUAUGACUUUGGAGUCUAUUAUUCAGCCUGCUGUUGAGAAAGAUUCGGUCAAACUUGAUGACAUCUUGAAAAAGAUAGAUCGUAUGGGUAAAAGGUUGGACACUCUUGAAAAAAAAACACCAGAGGAAGCACCAAGGACUACAGCUAAAUCUAAAAAUGAUAUGGUAAGUAAGCCUAGAACUACAUUAUUAGAUAGAAUGAUUGGAAAGUCAAAUGAAACACAUGUAUAUGUAAAUGGAAAAAAAUGUAAGUCUUUGAUAGAUAGUGGAUCUAUGGUUUCGACUAUUAGUGAACCUGCAUUGAGAUAUUUACAUCCAGUUCCGACAGUAAAAACUCUAGAUGAGUUUAUAUUAUCAGUGCGAGUUGCUGAAGGUUUCCAGUAA